CUCCUCAUCCUUCAGCCGUAAAAACAUGGCUCCGCUGACCUCACAGGAGCUCAGGCUGGACUCACGAAAUGAACAUGAGGACUCGGCCACCUUCAGCGCUCCAUGGAAUGAGAUUUGGACGAUUGGCGUGUCCCCGCAAGGCGGCUAUUCCCUCUCCCUCAUGAUUCAAGCAGCACAAGCAUGGGUCCGCCUCCCCUCUACCCACUCUCACCCAACUGCGGCCCCGCACAUCGACCCGCUGCACGUAAGCGCAACCUUCGUGUAUCCGCAGUCCAUCUCCAAGCCGCUGAGUAUCGUCGUCAAGCCACUCAAGAGGGGCAAAGGAGUGACUCUGGCCCAAGUAGACCUGACACAGGAGAACACAGUAGUAUUGACGGCCAAAUUGUACCUCACGAACUUCGCCGCAAGAAGAGGAGCGGACCCACCAAUAAAGGGGCCGUCCUUCCCUUCGCAUCCCUGUCCCCUCACCAAGCCAGGCGAAGUCACGUCACAAUCAAAACACUACGGCGGUAAGCAGGUCAAGUUCAGAGAACUGAUAUCCAUGCGGCGUGAUGAUGCUUUUGAGGAGAGGAACAAGGGCAAAGUGGCGGGGGCGUGGUUUGAGAUUACAGGCGAUGGGGAGCGGGAUGGGCUCGCGGACGGCAAGGAAAGAGGGGUAGGAUAUCACUGGCUGCCGAUCUUUUGCGACAUGUACCUUCGCCCCCCAGAACAGCGCGACCUCUACCCUAAGGGAACAGCCUGGUGGUACCCGACCCUCUCCCUCUCAAUAGAGUACAAGCGCUCCCUCCCGCAAGACGUCCUCCUCCGUCGGUGGGGUGAAGUGUCCUGGGUCGACUUUACCCAGGAUGGGCAAUAUGACAAUAGCGUACAAAUCUGGAGCCAUCCGGCAGAUAACCAUCUCCUCGACCCAUCAAUGCGAGAAGAGGACGGCCCGCAGAUCCUGGCCAUCGCGAGGCAGGUGGCCUUGUCUACACCGCUGGGACAGCAAGGAGGUGAGAAGAGGAGGAUGCAGGCUAGGAGCACCAGCGAGCAGGGCGAAGGAAAAGGGGCGAAGCUAUGAUUGGCCAGUGGGCGUGCCGAUGGGCGAGCGAUGCAGGAGCGAGGUCAUGAGGACAGUGAAAUCGUGUUACGUCUAAUGAGGAGAGGGAGCUACAAGUCGAGGAGGGAGAUGACAGCGAGGGGAGCAGAAAGAGAAUUAUAGACAUCUUGGAGAGGGCGAUCCGCGCAGCGGGUUUGCGAGAGGAGAAGGUCCGUUAAUGUGUCGUAGGUGACGAUCGUGAGGUAGAGUAAUUUGAUGACAGGGCAGCGAUACGUUGGUCACUGUGGCGUAGCAGAGUGUUCGAGGAGUUGGUUGGCUGGCUGUCCAUCGUUCUGCUUGAUGCGAUGAGCUGCUGCUGCUGCUGUUUCGAUGCUGAUACUGUCCAUGACCCACCUCACAGUGCCCUACCCAAGAUGUUCCAUCCUGAUAAC